ACGCAUGACUGCUCGUGCUCGACCGACCGACCGACGAAGCGCACACUCACGGUCAGAGAAAAAGCUCCGACGACAGCUGAGAUGGCACAAGCCAUGGCGUCGAUGACCGGCCUCUCGCAGGGCGUCCUGCCCAGCAGGCGCGCCGCCAACAGGGCCAGGGCGGCCGCCGUCGUCGUCAGGGCGUCCGCCGAGGGCGAGGCCGCCGCGGCGCAGCCGGGCCGCCGCGCCGUGCUCGGGCUGGUGGCCACCGGCGUCGUCGGCGGCGCCUUGUCGCAGGCGGUGCACGCCGCGACCGUCAAUUCCAUCAAGAUCGGAGCCCCGCCGCCGCCCUCCGGUGGACUCCGUGAGUUCCUCUGCCUGCCCGCGCGCGCCUUCAUACAGCUUUCCUCUUUCUUUGAUAUGCUUCCUAUCCACCAAAGCCUUUUUUAUAUACAUCUCUCGAACCUUUGAUUGCGAGUUCAGAAUCGUCUGGAGCUGAUUUGUAAGGCUUUAGUUUCAAAUUUUAGCUUAAAAACAUUUAUAUUUCCUCCACUUCCAAGAUUAAUAAACAAACAUCAGUAGGCCGUA